AUGAACGGAAGACACAAGACUGAAGUCGUGAUCUUUGUGAUCCUAGUAUUCAUCGCUUUCAUCGCCAGAACUGAUUACUGGGUUUCCUGGACCUUACUUUCUAUUUUCUGGGGUGUUUUGUGCUUAUUUGACUGGCUGUUCACAAAUGAAAAAGACUUCAUGUUUGAGCCCAACUUCAAAAACUGGCAGAGAAUCACAGAGCCAAGAUAUUAG